GUUUCCCACGCUCGGCGUGCCCCGCCCUUGUCCAGCCUCCCAACAUGGCGCAGUCGGUGAACAUCACGGAGCUGUCGCUGCCGCAGCUGGAGCUGCUCAAGAACCAGCUGGACCAGGAGGUGGAGUUUCUCUCCUCUUCCAUCGCGCAGCUCAAGGUGGUGCAGACCAAGUACGUGGAGGCCAAGGAGUGUCUGAAUGUGCUGAACAAGAACAACGAGGGGAAAGAAUUGCUCGUCCCAUUGACCAGUUCUAUGUAUGUACCUGGGAAGCUACAUGAUGUGGAGCAUGUUCUCAUUGAUGUAGGAACUGGCUACUAUGUGGAGAAGUCAGCAGAUGAUGCUAAAGACUUCUUCAAGAGGAAGAUUGACUUCCUCACUAAGCAGAUGGAAAAAAUUCAGCCAGCUCUGCAGGAAAAGCAUGCCAUGAAACAGGCUAUCAUGGAGAUGAUGAGCCAGAAGAUUCAGCAGCUCACUGCGCUGGGGGCGUCCCAGGCAGCCGCGGCCAAAGCCUGAGGGGGAUAGGGAUGGGGGAAGCCGAGAGCACCUGUACAGAGCCAAUAAAAGUGCCCGCUGGGUCCCCCCUG